CAUUGGAAAUGUUGGGAAGGGGGGAACGAGGCGGGGACGAGGCAGGAACAAGGGGCGGGGCCUGCUAACCCAUUCCAGAUUUUCCUGUCCUCUUGAAAGCUCUGCUUUGGGAGAAACCCGUUAUCAAAGUGGAGAGAAGAGAUUUUUUUUUUUUUUAAGGGGGAGGAGCGUGUGUAGGAGGGCGGGGUGGGAGGAGACGCGGCUUGCAGUCGGCGAUCAGACGGGAGCUGGAGUUGUGCGGGGAGGGAGGAAGGGAGGGCGAGUCCCAGCGCCCGCUCUGAGGGUCGGCUUCCUCUCCCCCUCCCGUGCGGGGCGGGGUGGUGCGUUCCGAGUUCCCAGGAGUUCGAGGCGGGCGGGUGCCUGGGGGAGGGGAGUGGCGGCGGCGGCGGCUGCGGGCGGCUCCCGCCUCAGCCUCGGCAGUGGCGUCGGCGACGGCGGAGUCGAGGCAGCCGUGAGCGCUCGGCUGACUGUCAGCCGGCGGCGACGGCUCAAGAACUGGGAGUUGGGCACCCGCGCGCCGGACCUUCCGCCGCCGCCGCCGCCGCGCCGCGGCCGCUGCUGCCGCCGCCCAGAGCCUAAGGCGCCGGGGCCUGGGGAGCCGGGGGGUGGGCGAGCGAGCGGGCCGGGGGGAGGGUGGGGGAUGGCGCGGACCCCGGGGCCGGCCCCGCUGUGUCCCGGAGGCGGCAAAGCACAACUUUCCUCCGCUUCUCCCCCCGGGGCCGGACUCCUGCUGCCGCCCCCGACGCCACCACCGCUACUGCUGCUGCUCUUCCCGCUGCUGCUCUUCUCCCGGCUCUGUGGUGCCUUAGCUGGGCCAAUUAUUGUGGAGCCACAUGUCACAGCAGUAUGGGGAAAGAAUGUUUCAUUGAAGUGUUUAAUUGAAGUAAAUGAAACUAUAACACAGAUUUCAUGGGAGAAGAUCCAUGGCAAAAGUUCACAGACUGUUGCAGUUCAUCAUCCUCAGUAUGGAUUCUCUGUUCAAGGAGAAUAUCAGGGAAGAGUCUUAUUUAAAAACUAUUCACUUAAUGAUGCGACAAUUACUCUACAUAACAUAGGAUUUUCUGAUUCUGGAAAAUACAUAUGCAAAGCUGUUACAUUCCCGCUUGGAAAUGCUCAAUCCUCUACAACUGUAACUGUAUUAGUUGAACCCACUGUGAGCCUGAUAAAAGGGCCAGAUUCUUUAAUUGAUGGAGGAAAUGAAACUGUAGCAGCCAUCUGUAUCGCAGCCACUGGAAAGCCAGUUGCACAUAUUGACUGGGAAGGUGAUCUUGGUGAAAUGGAAUCCACUACAACUUCUUUUCCAAAUGAAACAGCAACAAUUGUCAGCCAGUACAAGCUGUUUCCAACCAGAUUUGCUAGAGGAAGGCGGAUUACCUGUGUUGUAAAACAUCCAGCCUUGGAAAAGGACAUCCGAUAUUCUUUCAUAUUAGAUAUACAGUAUGCUCCAGAAGUUUCAGUGACAGGCUAUGAUGGGAAUUGGUUUGUAGGAAGAAAAGGUGUUAAUCUCAAGUGUAAUGCUGAUGCAAAUCCACCACCCUUCAAAUCUGUGUGGAGCAGGUUGGAUGGACAAUGGCCUGAUGGUUUAUUGGCUUCAGACAAUACUCUUCAUUUUGUCCAUCCAUUGACUUUCAAUUAUUCUGGUGUUUAUGUCUGUAAAGUGACCAAUUCCCUUGGUCAAAGAAGUGAUCAAAAGGUCAUCUACAUUUCAGAUGUCCCAUUUAAGCAGACCUCUUCCAUAGCCGUAGCUGGAGCUGUAAUUGGAGCUGUCCUUGCUCUUUUCAUCAUUGCUGUCUUUGUGACUGUCCUGCUGACUCCUCGAAAAAAGAGACCAUCCUAUCUUGACAAAGUGAUCGACCUUCCACCCACACAUAAACCACCUCCCAUGUAUGAAGAACGAUCUCCCCCCUUGCCUCAAAAAGACCUUCUAUAUCAGACCGAACACUUGCCUUUGCAGACUCAGUUCAAAGAAAGGGAGGCUGGCGGUCUCCAGCACUCUAAUGGACUAAAUAGCAGGAGAUUGGACUAUGAAGAUGAGAGCCCCGUGGGGGAAGAUGGGAUUCAGCAGAUGUACCCCCUUUACAGUCAGAUAUGCUACCAAGACCGGAGUCCUGGCAAACAUCGUCAAAGCAACGAGCCUGAGAGAGCCUACAUCAACCCACGAGAACAUUACGUGUGAUUUCCCUCUCUUUCCAGUGGAUGUCCUGACAAACGUUUUAUCUUAGACUGGGGAGAGAAACUGAGGUCAAUGGUUAUCAUUUUAUUCUCUCUCGUAUAAAACAAUCCCAGUUUACCUGUAUCAGAAGUCGUGAUGAAUGGCUUGGAGCCAAUAGCCAAUUUCUUUCCUUCCUUAAGAGUUUCUUAGCCACCAGCUGUGUUUGUGAACUUGACAAUAGCUUGUGUGUUUCUGUGAUGAUAGUGUUUAACCACUAAUACUUGGCCUAUGACGGCAUGUUCGUUAAACGUAGAACAUCUGCCCAUGAUGGCAGCAGUGAUUCUCCAAAAAGAAAGGCCCCAGCUGGGACUGUUAACCUGGCUGAGUUUUAGGAAGGCCAGCCUGUUCAUCUGUAACUCAAAUGAGCAGAAAAAAGAGUUCAGAAUCCAUCUCCCUAAUUAUUUCACUGGGACUUGGCUUUCCCUAACAUGCUUAAUGCAAUUACAGUACCUGUGCAAACAGGAGGCCUGAGGAAAGAGGCAAAAUUUGCUUUUUAUCCAAAAACAAAAAUGACAACAAAAAAAGCAGUUGAAACCCUCAAGCCUGUUGGUUGCUUUGAAAGUCUUGUGAUAACUGCAAUCUGUGUUCUUUCUUGAUCGCUAAGGUCCUGAGGGAUACAUGUUUUGUGCUGUUCUCUGCCUAGUCUGGAUUAGCUGCUUGCUCACCAAGGUUCUGCUCUGUUGUUCCCACACUUCUGUUCUUUCCUAGCCAGAUUAGCCUGUUUCCCGCCUAUUCCAUUCUAAAAGCCUUGUCUAAGUGGUGGACAGACUUGAGCCCUGUCCUUCUUUUCUGUAGUAUUGUAUAUGACAAGCUUACCUUUGCCUUCUGAAAUUCCUGUCAAACUAAUCCUAUCCACAAAGGCUUCCACUGCACUCACGCUUCUUCAGACUGCUUCUCAUCCAAGUUUUAUCUACCUCAGAAAAGUCUGCUGGAAAAUCACCGUGAAAUAACUCCUGCUCUUAAAAGCCAGGUAGAAAAUGUGAAAAAAAAAAUUUUUUUAAGUGCCACUCCAGUAUGGCCUAUAUGCUCAACCCCCAUGUUGUCCUUGAUCCUCCCACCCUCUCUUACCUGGUCAAGAACAAGAGCGAAGGGAUGCUAAAAAGCGAAUUGUGUAGUGACUGACUUAGUAGUGCGACACUCUGGUGCCUGCAAACAGCCAUCUUGCGUUUUCUCACCCUCUUUGCCAAGGUAGCUUCACUGAGAUUGAAGGUAGUGAUUUUCGUGGUGUGAGCAGAAGAGGGGGCCCAGGUACCCUCCCAAAUGUCAAUCACUCCCCUUGCAUCUUAAGGGAAGCGUUGUUUUCCUGCGUGUUCGGGAAGAUGAGAGGUAUGUCACAGAUAUGAAAAACACUACAGACUUGCCGUAUAGUAGGAAAGAAUGGCAUAAGUACUAAUAAAAGAGUUCACGCUUCCAGCCGAAGUUUCGGGGGUAGAGGGGAACAGGAUAAUAUGAAUAUAGACUUCAAAUGAGAUACCAAAGAUACCUUGUGAUUCAUGUGCCUGCUCUGGUUCCUGCUUUUGUGUUUGUCUCCUUUUUCUAGGUGCCACGCUCGUUCAGACAAGUUAUCCAGGUUAUUCUACAGUAGUCCCACAGUCUGCCCCUGUUGCCUGGGGGACCGACGGUUCUGGGCGAAAAGAUGCUUAAACUCUAACUCGGCGCCUUAGCAAUUGACAAGGCUGUCUGGUCACGUGGAAUUAAAGGGUAAACCCCAAGAACCCUCCUCGCUGUUGUCACUGUGCUACCUCAGUUAGAGUUUGCUGCCCUUUUUUAGCAAGAUGACGCGGAAAGAACGUAUUUGACUUUAUUACCUGCAAUCCCAUCAGUGAACAGUGUAGCUGAAGGUGGAGGAGUCCUCACAAUUGUUUCCCAAAAGAGAGAGAUGGCUCUGGUCAGUUCUCCUUGAGAGAGAAGCAGUUUUUAUAAAUCCUAGAUGUUACAGAGGAAGAGAUGUGGUGCCAGGUCACCACCCUUAGAAAGUUUUAAAAAGACUUAACACAUGAGGGAUGGUUUCUAGGCUCCUUCUGGGAAGGGGGUUGCUGAAUUAGCAUCACAAAAAUUCUUCUUGGACCUUGGGUGGGGGAGGAGAGUAAAGAUUUCUUCAUUUUCGCUAAAUUUAGAAGGGCUGGGUGGUUUCAGGAGCCUUGGGGCCUGUCUUCAGAGCCCUAUAAAAUUUUUAACAUUUUGAUGGCGUUACGGGAAAGAAAUUUCAGGGUGUAGACAGCUCUCUUAUAGCCACCAACCUCCUAGCUUCUCUGUCAGCUUCAAUACUUCUUGAAUGAAUCAGUAGAUUUUAUAGCUGUUGGCCCUUUACAUGGGUCAGAUAGCUAUAUACUUGUUUGUCCUGGUGUUUCCCUUUGUUCUCUCUGAAUACUGAGUGGAACAGAAAGGAGCUUUAAAAGGGUUUGAUCAGCCAGUCCCCUCAACCAAAAAAAUGCCAUCUGAAAUUAGCCUGUCAAUCUCUACAUUUAGAGCUUAGAGGACUUGAUGAUGGCUAUUUAAAUUUGGAAGUUAGGCCCUUAAAGGUCAAUGAGUGUUAUAAGCCACAACUGAUACUAGCUACUCUUCCCAUAACUGGUUUACUAAAACACACUGAAACAGAAAUAAAUCCCCAGAGCGCUUACCCACUUAACGGUCGCAGCUGAUCGUUUUUUGGGGGGUCGGGGGGCGUGCUCCCUCUCAGACCUGCAGCCCCGGAGUCCUGCGGGGUGUAGGCAGCCCAGGCUCCAAGAGUGUGCAUCAUCGCCAUGUCAUCAGGCUCUUCGCACACCACACCUCUGUACUGUCUAGGGUUGCUCUGACAUCGUGGGAUAGGAAUGAAAUUAAUUCUCAAUGGCAGAAAAUUAAUUGAGAUUAAUUCUUCAAUGGCAGUGAUUUGCCGCUCUUCUGUGAGGAUUCUCCCAUCCUUGGCCUUCUCGUAUUUUCUAAGUUUGAAGAAGUCUAUGCAUUUUGGACUUGGAACAUGAAAUUCUUAACCUGUGAUAGACCUCCCUGUAACACACACGGUAGAUAGUGAAGAAAUAAAUGCCCUAUAAACUAAAUGAACUAGUUCCCUCGUAAAUCCUUCAUGGCCUCAUGUACUCACAAGGACAGCACAAUUUCUUUGUCCAUCUUUUGAGGAUGUAUAUUAUCCUAAUUUCUCUUUCAUAGUAAUCUGAAAAUCAGUUUCAUUUUUCAUUGUAGCCUCUUAUUCCCUGGGGUGUCGAGAACAGACCAUAUGCCAAGAAUUAAAAGAACAGAUUCUACUCCCGACUAACCCCUUUCUAGCCGUGAAAACUUGGGCAAGUCACCUAACCUCACCAGGGCCUCAGUUGCCCACUAUCCAUAAAGCAGAGACUUUACCCAGCCUCUCCAAAAUGUGAGGGUUAAACAAGAUAAUGAUGGGAAAUUAGAAGUUCUCUUCCAAUCGAAAAGGCCUCUGACUCUAUUAUGAUUAAAUGUUGGACCUAAACUUCUAGAACCUUCACCAGCACUGGGAAGAACCAGUGAUAACACGAGAACUUCAAUUUGACCCAGUCUGAGUAUAGACGAGUGCCAGUAGGACAUGCACUUUCUUUUACAGUAACACCGAUUUUGUCUUAUGGAAAGCUUCGUAUCUGGAGCUUAGCCUCUUAAGCUUGGUCUAAAAUUGCAGGUGCCUGUUGCUAUAGCCAGUGGUUGCUUUUAGUUUGCAGAUUACUACUAAUAACAGCUACAUUAGUGAGUUUUUGGUAGAGACGUGAUUCCAGGAGAAGCCGCUUACCUGAAUCCCCCACGGACAAGGACCACAGGACUGUGUCGUCCCCUCUCCGGGAGCCCCUGUGGGGAUGGAAAGGCCCACACUCCUGUGCUGCACACUCACAGACCAUGCCAAUCGCUGGCCAGCUGUGACUUCUUUAAAAUCUGCUGCUGGGGAGAGGAGUUAGGGAAUACAUUUUCUUGAUUGUUUUUUAGCGGAGAUCUAAGAAAAUACACAGGAGAAAACCCAUAAGAAAUGUUUAUUAAAAUGAAAAGAAGCACAUAUGCUCAUUUUUACUUAGCUUUUGAACUUCUCAAAAUGCUCAGAAAGUCUUACAUCUGUUAGAUUAACUGGAGCUGCAAACAAUCCAGUAGUUAAAGCCACCGCAUCCCAGUUGGUUUAGAAUAAUUUGGGCCCAAACAUCUAACACCUCUGCCUUAGUUCUUUGAUACACUGAUUGCUGUUUGCUGUGUCCCACCUUUACUGAACUCCCAGGGAGAGGGGGGUGGAUGGAAGACUAGCUAGAUUUGGUAGAAAACCAGAAGAAGAAUAGGAGGACUAUGAGGUAGAAAUGUCGGGGUCCCUGCCAGUGGCUCAGCCGUGUCCUUAGCUGACAAGAUUCUUCAUCCUUGGACUGUUUGCUGAUCUUCUAGGAGGACCCGGGACUUCCCAUUCUUCUGAUAAACUAGAAACUGCUAUUUGCAAGCCUAUUUGACUGUAGACUCUGCCUGGAUUAAUGUUAUGAUACUUAAAAAGGAAUUUACAUUUUCUCCAUUAAAGAAAAUUGUUGUGAACUGGACUUGACCAGUUUGGUCAUUUGCAAGGAUUGGGGUGUUCUGGUAGCCUCCAGUAGGUAGAGGUGGGUGAGGGCUGCAGCUCCUCACCAGGUGAUUCUUUACACUGAAAUCAGCUUUUAGACCAAUUUCUACAUCAUUCAUGUUUACAAGCAAGCAGGCAUCCUGUAACAAGUCAGCCUGUCCUGUAAGCUUGAAAAUGUCCCAGUUCUGUUCUUUUAGGGAACUCAACAGCAUCUUAUGCAAAAGGUUUAUUAGAAGCAAAUCCAGCAGUAUUCCAGAAUGUUUAGUGUCAGGCGACCCAGUUCUGUUUUAACUGCUAGACACAGAAUAGGUUAGUAAUCAAGGGAUCCGGGGCUAGUGGGCUUACUUGAGUCUCCUAUCCUACUGAUGGGAGGCCUGAAGUGACCUGCAGUAUUGGGCCAGUCCAUGUACCUUUAAUUCUAGUAAUUUGGCCCUUGAAAAUUAUCAUUUAUUCACAAAGUCUCCGGAGUUAAGCUACUAAUAAAACACUGGUGGUAGAAGCCUCUAAAGAGAGUUUUUUCAAAUGCUAACAGCCUUCCGAGGAUGUUAUCCGCCACCACCCACACCCCCCCCCCAGCAGGAUUCUUCAAAAUGUUAACUAAUGGCUUCCAGGGUGUUUACUAGGACUAAUUAAAGAUUGCCAAAAUAAUUUCGAUUACAUAGAAUGUAACAGAAUUUGCUCAGGAUUCCUCAGGAUAUCACACCUGCUAACAUUUCUCCUUAGUGAGGACCUUUCCUUUCUUGGGGGGAAAGGGGCAGGGACGAUAUGUGUGAGAGACAGAGGGGAGUAGGGUCCACUUAAAAAUUUUUUUAAAAAUUUUUCCAUUCACACGCACAAAAGAACCUUCACAUCUGCAAACAUUUCACUCUUUCAGGUGCAUUUUAUCAUAUUUGUUUUAACAUUAUCUCUCCAAAAAAAAAGUUUAGGGGUAGGAAAAGAAAGGUUCUAUUUACCUUGAUGGUCAAAAUACAUAAAACAUUAGGGUUAUUUCUACUGCAUUUUCAUUACUAAGUUAGUUAUUCUCAAGUUUCAGUUUGACUGUGGCACCAAGUAAUCUAAAAUGAAAGAGAAUGCCGAAACCUCAGAUGACACUACAUACCGUUUUAUCAUCCAGUAUCAACUGAGAGCAUGAUGUGGGAGUUCCUUCCAAAUCCCCGGGAGAAGGGAAGCUGCCGUGGAUAAAGAAAAGGAUUCUCCAUGUCAUCGUUUGGGAAUAACUCCCUUCCACUGGUCCACUCGCAGGAAUUUUCUAAUCCAUGUUUGGGGUCUAAGGCCGUGAUAUGUGUCAAGUUACCUACCUCCCUGCACUAAAAAGAACUAGCUAUAUUCUGUAUUCUUUACCAAACAGUUGCCCCCUUGAGGUUUUCCCCAGCAGGAUCCUUGGUAUCAUAGCCUGAACUGGUUGUAUUUAUCAUCACGACAUGGGAUUGAACUGUGACACCUAGAACGAAAGACUCCCUGGGAAUCCAGAAUAUCAGAUGUCCUACACUGGCUUAGAACUCAGACCCAUGCUGCUAUAACUAUGUCCAAUGGCCAUGAAGAGAUGUUUUGUGAGUCUCCUCCAGAAGUUAGGAAUAUACCUCAAACAUCCCUAAAGUCCCAUAACUCCUCACAAUAGAUCUAUGAAGCCCAGGGUCAAGUGAUGGGAUGUCACUGUUUUGGCUUCUAACAAUGGUUCCAGAAACGACCAGUAUUCUUCCUUAACCCGCCCUAGCACGCUGAUCAGGCUAAUUUAAAUUCCUCUCUCAAGACAUGUUGAUAAACUCGGUGUCCCUCAUAUUCUGGCUACAGACAGCAGUAUUUUGCCCUCAAUGCGUUGGUUUGCACUUCCCCGCACUGUGGCUCAGUAAUGCCUCUGCUUUUUCCCGCGGUCUUAUGAGAACUUACUGCGUAUUCAAUACCCAGAAGAGCAUUUGCCAUCUUAGGUUUCGCUGUGUACUUGAAAUUCCAAGUCCUUUGUGUAAAAAAAAAAAAAAAAAAAAAAAAAGUUAAGUAGCUGUUGUGGCUACUGGAUCCCUGGACUAUUCCACGUGUCCGUGCAGAAAAGUUCCUGUUUAUCCUCUAUCUUCUGUUUCUACUCCUAAGCCAGUGCUUAAAGACAUGACGUCUGUUCCAGCCUGUUCCCUCUUAAAGUGGUCUUAACAUCUUCACUUCUGUAGUCUUCAGUCUUACCUGUAAGUUUGUACUCUGUACCUCACAUGACUUUAUGGAGGGACAAAUAAGAUACUUUGGGGUUGUCUUCAAGUGAGGUCCUACUUUUAAAGUGAUCUUAUAAAAGCCCCUGGGCUUAGAAAUGAGAAAUACUAUAGCUAUAAUUCUUUUCCUAUUCUUGUUUUGCUAUUUUUAAUUCUGAAAAGUGAUCUCUGUCUGAAUAGGCUUCCUCUGGUUUUAACUUUCUUCCCAUUAACCCUUUUUACACUGAAGCUGUCCUCUCUCCUUAUCCAUUCUCUGAACUUUUUAUUUACAGAGCCAAAACUAAUUCUCCCACAGCAGAUCCCACCUACGUUUACUCCCACCAUUCAGCGAAUUAUAGUACAUAAGCAAACAUUUGGCUCUGUGCAUAAGUCAGAAGCUAGUCUAGUGAGACUUCACUCUGGCCCUGAGAAGAUCUGAUCAUGUGCCUCGGCUUCCCUGCAUAAACUGAGGUUAAUUCUGUUAUCUCACAGCACCUGCGGGUUGUGAGUCUUGGCUAGUAAGUGCUGGAAAGCAUCUUGCAAAUGUGUCCCCUACUACGUAAACAU